AUGCCAACACUUCUACACGACUGCCAUCAGGAGUGGAUCAAGGAUGAGAUGUAUGACAUGACAAGGGCAGGCUUCUUAAGCGACGCAGAGCUCAAGUUUCUGCGUACGAGAGUUGGCACAACUUUCAAAACAUUUGGAGGCAUUUGGGAAAAUUCCCGCAAGGAUCCGGAUCUGUGCCUGCUAGGAUACGGUCAAUUUCUACCAACUGUCGUGAUGGAGUCUGGAUACAGUGAAUCACGGCCGCAACUUCAAGCUGAUAUGCGCCUUUGGUUGAAGGGCGGGGCCCCGGCUGUACAGCUUGUCCUAAUCAUCAAUUGGUCAGAGCUGGUAGGGAAGAAAAUUAAAGGGAGUAUCGAAGCUUGGGAAUUGAAUGGGGACACCCCGACUUUGAUACAAGAAGAGGUGAUCUUCCCUCAGCCCCCAGGAAACCCUGCACAGGCCAUCGGGGUUACCCGUGGCCAACUGUUUGGCAAUGCGACAUUCCCAAAUAGAAACCGCAACGACACAUACAACCUGUCGAUUGAGAAUUUGCGAAAUGUUGCCAGCUGGAGCAUCAGAGAUAUGGGAUUUAUCCCGGUCUAG